CGUAUUAUUUUUUAGUUCAAUAUUCUCGUGAUGAAAACUAUAACACCAUGAAAUAACAAUACAAAUGUAUUAUUUUUAACAAAAAAAAAAAAAAAAAUACAAAUGUAUUAUUGCCUGAUUUUAAAUUAUUAAUUGUUUUAAGCAAUUUAAGGCACCGAGGCAAAGAUGUCUUGCGAAUGUAUGGCCUUCCUGCAUUCUUAGAGGCUGAUCUUGUUGCCUUUUUAGUUUCUGACAUAUAUUUUAAAAACCAGUGUCUCACUGCUAGAAUGAAAAUUAUCCAAGAACCACUUUCACUCUUGUACAAUUCUGAAACAAAAAUUUACUUCUUCAUGUGUUCCACAUAACAGUUCAGGUUUCCAACUGCCAGUUCUUUCGCUUCCGAAUUCAGAUAUACACAUACACACACACAUAUAUAGAUAAUGGUCGCAUGUAUUUCAUGCACUCCCGAUGCUCUACCAAGAAGAAACCCGUCCCUGAGCUCUAACCUAAGAUUCACUUCUCAAGAAGCCCUCAAUUUACUUCAAAAUUGCUCCGACUUUAAACAGCUUAAGCAAAUUCAUGCCAAAAUUAUUCGAAACGGUCUCUCUCACGAGCAUGUAGUGAGCACGAAGCUGAUUAAGCUUUGCUCCUCUUACAGAAAAAUGGAGUAUGCGACUCUGGUUUUCAAUCAAAUCAAAAACCCUCCAACCUUCACUUGGAAUAUCAUGAUUAGGGCUCACACCAUCAAUGGCAGCUCACGCCAAGCUCUCCUCCUCUACAACCUCAUGAUCUGCCGAGGACUACCACCAGAUAAAUUCACAUUCCCUUUUGUUAUCAAGGCGUGCAUUGCUUCCUCUUCGAUUCGCAAAGGACACGAGGUUCAUAUGCUUGCAAUCAAGACUGGGUUUUUGGAUGAUAUGUUUGUGCAGAACACUUUGAUGGACUUUUACUUCAAGUGUGGGGAUUCAGAUUAUGGACGUAAGGUGUUCGAGAAAAUGCGUGUGAGGAGUGUAGUCUCGUGGACAACCAUGAUCACUGGGCUUGUUGCUUGUGGGGAAUUAGAUGACGCCCGGGUUUUUUUUGAACAGAUGCCGAUUAGAAAUGUUGUUUCUUGGACAGCAAUGAUUGAUGGGUAUGCCAGAAAUCAAAGACCCGAAGAGGCUUUUGAACUGUUUUGGAGGAUGCAGCUUGAUAAUGUGAGACCGAAUGAGUUUACGCUGGUUAGCUUGUUGAUGGCUUGCACUGAACUGGGAAGUCUGAAGUUGGGUCGAUGGGUUCAUGACUUUGCUCUAAGGAAUGGGUUCAAAGUGGGUGUUUUCCUUGGGACAGCCCUUAUUGACAUGUAUAGCAAAUGUGGUAGUUUGGAGGAUGCGAAGCGAGUGUUUGGUGAUAUGGAAGUCAAGAGUGUAGCUACAUGGAAUACGAUGAUUACUAGCUUGGGGGUGCAUGGUUGUGGAGAGGAAGCUCUUGAUCUUUUUGCGAAGAUGGAGAUGGCAAAUGUGCAGCCAGAUGCAAUCACUUUCGUGGGCGUCUUAUGUGCUUGUGUACAUACAAAUAACGUGAGUGAUGGUCACAGGUACUUCAAGUUUAUGAGUGAAUGUUAUGGUAUCACACCGAUUGAAGAACACUGUAAUUGCAUGAUUGAGCUCUCUAGUCGUGCCAACAAUUUAGAUGAAGUUUGUGAAUCAGUGGAUGCCAAGCUUGUUUAGGAAAAAAAAGCAUUUUUGGGGCACCAGUAUAUCUCAUUUUCUAACCCAUUGCUAAUGUUGAGUACUUCUUACAACGUGUUGGACAGGAGUGUUGCUUGGGGAUAGGUACGUUCUCAUUGUCGUCUCGCAGCUUCAAGACUUGGAAGUGGAAAAUGAGUUGAUUUUUUAUAUUUUUAAAUGUUAAAUUAAUGUUUCCAGAUUAUGCAACAAUACUUUAUCAUACUGAUAAAGUGAGCUUUGUACAGACAUAUUUUAUGUUUUGAAGGAGCCCUGUACAAAAGCUUCAAUUUGUAGAUACAUUGAUCACUAAACUUUUUAGUGACACAACAUCAGAAAGGUGAUUCAUAUAAAAGCCAGAUUUCAAAUGAAUGUGAGUGACCAAAGGUUUGUAGCAGGAAUAUGAGACCUUCUUACCUGUCUUCACUAAUAGAUUGUAUGAGAUGCAAGCAUCAUGUCCAGUAAAUUGAAAAAUCAUGUGU